AUGUCUUCGUCUUGCUUGGAGGAAGUAGCAAGCUCUAGUUCUGAUAGGUACCCUUCGAUAUCAAGCCUAUCGCAUGCCAUGGUUCAAGAGAGACACGACCAGAUGAUCAGGGAAAGGCAGGAGGGCUCGAGGCACGUUGAUCAUCGGAGAAGAGAGCAGAGAGCUGGUGAUGAUCAUGAUCAAAUUCAAGCAGGAGGAGGGACUAAAUUUGUUGUAAUGGUUGCAAUGGAGAAGUGUUCUUAUGAUCCGAAGGAGGAUUUCAGGGAGUCCAUGGCGGUGAUGAUAGUGGCAAACCGGAUAGAAGAGCCUAAGGAUCUUCAUAGCCUCUUGAAUUAUUAUGUUUCAAUGAAUUCGGAUGAGCAUCGUGGGCUUAUACUCGAGGUGAUUCAUUAA